AUUUCCAGAUUACUCCCUCGUCGCCACAAUUUGCCCAGCACAUGUGCACUUGGGAAUUCUCGUGCAUUCCAACCCGAUUUUGUACCCAGAGAUCCAAAAGCCAAACCAAAAAAGUACAAAAUCCCUCAAUUUUAUGAUCCAUAUGGCCCCAGACCUCCUCCCUCAGAGAAAGUUGUUCAGCUUGCAGAGCGAAUAGCGGCACUGCCUGAUGAAGAACGCCGUCAAAUUAUGCCUACUUUGGCAGAAAGACUAAGGCUUCCGAAAUUGCAGCCAAUUUCAACUGAAGGCUUGGACUUGGCUCCACAAGGUGGUGCGGCUGGACCGAAGGCUGAGGAGAAAAAAGCAGAAAAAACAGCAUUUGACGUCAAGUUGGAAAAGUUUGAUGCUGCUGCAAAGAUCAAGGUGAUUAAGGAGGUCAGAACAUUUACCAACCUGGGUUUGAAAGAGGCGAAAGAUCUCGUUGAAAAAGUACCUGUUGUGCUCAAACAAGGAGUGACUAAAGAAGAGGCAAAUGAGAUGAUAGAAAAGAUUAAAGCUGCUGGAGGAGUAGCAGUUAUGGAGUAGGAUUUUUUGAAGCAAAGAAAACUAAACUAAACGCUGUAGGUUGAGGCAAAUGAAUUACAAUUUGAUAUUGUUUUGAGAAUUUUGCUGUAGGUCAAUCUUUUUAAAUGGUUCUGUGAUGAACUCAAAAAUUAUAUCAGCCGGUUACCAGUUGUAUUCUUACACUCCAUGGUUCUCCUGCGCAUGACUAUUCCAUGGUAGUUGUUUGAUCUUGUAUUA